AUGACAACAAUAGAAAUGCAAUAUGAGUUUCUCAGGAUCAUCGGCUACGGAGGAUUUUCCCAGGUCCAACUUGCCUGCCACCGCCUGACGGGAACACAGGUUGCAAUUAAAAUUACGCCAAGAAGAGGCCCCGCAUCACGAGUGGUUGCUAGAGAAAUUGACAUCAUGAAGAAGCUACAUCACCCCAACAUCAUCAAAUUGUAUCAAAUUUCCAGGAGUCUGAAGUAUGCAUACAUAAUCAUGCAAUUCGCAGAGGGAGGGGAUCUGCAUGAUCACAUUUGCCAGACUGGGACCCUGGAGGAGGGGGAGGCAUCAACAAUAUUUGGACAGAUCCUGUGCGGCGUCCGCUACCUGCACAGGUCGGGCAUCGUGCAUGGAGACCUGAAGCCGGAGAACAUACUCAUCGAUGUCAACGGGACCAUCAAAAUCUCUGAUUUUGGCCUCAGCUCCUACUUUACGGAAGGAGUAGACAUCAGAACCAACAGGGGCACAGACUAUUACCUUUCCCCAGAGCGCCUCCUGGAUCAGGCAUAUGACGGCCCCAAGGCUGACAUCUGGUGCCUGGGAGUCAUCCUCUACGAGAUGAUCAUGGGGUAUAAACCGUUCUAUUCCCACAGGAAGGAGAAACUGUUUAAGAAAAUCAAAACAGAAAAAAUUUGGACCCCACCGGAUAUUUCAAAUGAUGUAAAAGAACUGAUAAACCUAUUGCUCAGGAAAAAUCCACUGGAGAGACCGUCGUUAGAGAGCAUCAUGGAGCAUCGCUGGGUGGCCCGCGGUCAAGGCUGCACAGCAGUGCCCCCGCCGGUCAGCACCGGCCUCAACCCCAAGGUGGUGCGGCAGAUGCAGGAGAUGGGCUUCCGCCCGCGCAAGCUGUGCCUCUCGGUGAGGAAGCAGAAGUACGACAAGCUCAUGUGUCUCUACCUGCUCCUCCAAGAGCAGGAGGACCUCGCCGGGCCUGCUCAGCCUGCGGGGCCUGAGAGCCCAGCGACGCCGGCCGUGUCCACCUCGGCUGUCCCCGAGCCAGGGAGGAUCGGUGACCCUCCCGCUGACGCCCCCCUGACAACCGGCAGCCCGCCACCUCCUGUGGAAGCUGCUCUCCCUGCACUUAGCAGCGUGUCUGCUGGAGGACCAGAGCCAGAAAGCCACAAGGUGUCAAGAGACGCGUCCCAAGAGGGGCAUCAGCCCGGGACGAGCCAUCGCUGCCAGGGCCAAGCCACCAGGGUGCAGCGAAUGCGGAGGAGGGUCGCAGAUUCGCUGAGGAGGCUGGCGUCCUGCGUCCGGCUCCCAAAGACUCACAAGUGGUUUAAACACCGAGUUGUACCUGUGAAGGGGGAACAUGAAACACAGCCUUAA